CUCUAUGAUUCAUCUCUAUUGUUCCUGUAAUACAUUUCCUGUUCCUAUUGUAUUCUCAUUCUCUAAAAAAGAUGGCUUCUGCACAGUGAUGGCUUGUAUUGUAUUUACUUACUCCACAUGAAACAUGAUGAAGUUACCUAGUUGGGUACUGAAAUGUCUGCAAGAAAACAAAAUCAGAAAGGACAAAAGUCCCCACAGAGUUUUCUCCAUAUAGGUAAACAGUGUGAAGUGGAUAUAGAUGAGUGUGUCUCAGCACCUUGCCUCAACAAUGGAACCUGUGUUGAUCACAUCAACUAUUACAAGUGUUUUUGCCAACGUGGUUUUACUGGCAUAAAAUGUGAAACAAAUACUGAUGAAUGUUCCUCAACACCCUGUAUUCAUGGAAGAUGCAUUGAUCUCAUAGAUGGAUAUCGAUGCAGCUGUAAUCCUGGAUGGACCAACUCAAGAUGUGAACUUGAUGUUGAUGAAUGUGAAUCAUCCCCUUGCCUUAAUGGAGGCUCUUGUCAAGAUCUGGUCAAUGCAUUCGAGUGCAUUUGCUUGAGUGGAUACAGAGGUGAAUUUUGUGAGGUGGAUAUUGACAUUUGCACUGAACUGCUGCUGAACUCAUCCCUCUGCUUCAAUGGAGGGAAAUGCAUUGACGGCCCUGGAAGAACUUUUUACUGCAGGUGCCUCAAUGGAUUUUCUGGCCAAUUUUGUGAAAUAGACUUGAAUGAGUGCAGCUCUUCUCCUUGCUUACAUGGCUCCGUUUGUGAAGAUCUUAUUAAUGGAUACUUCUGCAGAUGUCAGAAAGGUUGGGAAGGGUUCAGAUGUGAAGAGGAUAUCAAUGAAUGUGCAUCUAAUCCUUGUGUACAUGGUAUAUGCAUCCAGAGAGAACCAGGCCUGGGUUAUACUUGUUAUUGCACAUCUGGAUUUGUGGGUGAACACUGUGAGCUUAAUUACAAUGACUGCUUAAUGAAGACUUGCCCUGCUGGAUUUCUCUGUGUGGAUAGAAUCAACAGUAUCUUCUGUUUGCCUGAGGUUCCCAAUAAAGUCCAAAAUAUCUCUAGUAUGGAAGGGAUAUCUCCAACUGAACCACUGGAGAGAGGACUCUCAGAGGCUCAGCCAAGCCAAUUGUCUGCUGAUGUUUCUGGUUCUCAAAGUUUCACAGAUUUUCGUUAUAUUCAGUAUCAGGGGAAUUCUUAUAUGGAAUUUAGAGGGAUUACUUUGCAUCAGUACAAUAGCAUCAGUUUACAAUUCCAGACCUCUGGCUUCCACGGCCUCCUUCUCUAUAUUGAACAGAAGCCGACAACAAUGGGCAACUUUGUUAUUCAGCUUUCUAUCAAGCGUGGUAACUUAGAGUACCAAUUCACAUGCGAUAGCGGAGAUGAAAUUAAAAAGAUCAGUACUGAUAUCAGGGUGGAUGAUGGACAGAAAUAUGAAGUGCACAUUAGUCAAGAUCUGGAAAUGUGUGAGGCUGUCGUGACUGUGGUGGGAAUUACUGUGACAAGGUCCAGAAUCAGCAAUUCCUGGUCAUCUCUCAUUUGGCAGCCAACAGGACCAAUAUUUAUAGGUGGCUUACCACAUCACUAUGCAACAAAGCAGGUAGCUGGAUCCAUCUACAAUUUUACUGGCUGUAUAGAAGUUACAGAAAUCAAUAACCUGGGACCUUACACCUUUCCUAAUGCUGUGGAUAAAAACAAUAUUGACAGCUGCAGAUUUCCUGCCUAUGAAAAGAAUGCAGCAGCUCUCUUGGGUCCUAGCCCUGAUUCAGUCAAGGCAGUUUUGACAUCAACUGCUCUGCCAGCUUUAUUCUCAGUCUGCCAAGAGGGCUUGUGUCAUAAUGGAGGAAGUUGCCACCAAAUUAAUCUUCCUGAUGGUGUGGCCUCAUUUCGGUGCGAUUGCGCUCUUCAUUUCACUGGGCGUUUCUGUGAAAAAGGAGAAGGAAAUGCUAUAUCUUUCAAUAAUUUGGGGAUGAUUAAGAUGGGGAGAUUAAAUAGCAUUUGUGUAUUUCAAAUUACAGUUGGUGAAGAGCUGAUCUGUGAGAUUGCAUUUUACACAACUGUGUAA